UAAUUGCAGAAGCAGGAUGCAGGCUAGGCAAAAAAAAAAAAGAGAGAAUAGGGCGCGGCGUGGGUAAAGCAGCUGAUUGGUUAGAGAGAAAAAAAAGGUGACGUGGAGCUGAAACAGGAACGUCUGAAACUGCAGGAUCUGGGAAUAACAAACAGAAAAAACAAUGGGAAGAAAAGAGGCUACUUCUUCCGGAAAAUUGCCUGUUGAUCAAUAUCGAAAGCAAAUUGGAAAACAGGAUUAUAAAAAAAGCAAAUCUGCUUUAAAAGCGACAAGACUAAAAGCAGAAGCUAAGAGAAGUGCUCCAGGAUUGCGGGAUGUUUGUCUCGUCUUGGGGGCUGUGCUGAUAUUCCUUAUAGUUGUGUAUUCUUUCUUCUACCUGAAUUUGGCCACAGAAAUUGAUCUGGACCUGGACCUGGAUGACAACUAGAAGACACAAAGCCUUGCUUCGUUUGACCGCCUUGAGAUGAACUCCAGAUUGAACACACAGAGACUGGGGGAGGGUUAAGGAUGAUGUGUCCUCUCAGAAUGUGUGUGUGUGUAAUGUGUAAUGUUUUCUCAGCACUGCUUGCAUUCCAAGAUCCCUGCAGUGCAGACUGGUCAUAUUUUACAACAUGUGAAGAUUUGGUUACAGUUGAAAACAAAAUCAAACUUAAAAACAAAAUAGCGCCACCUAUGCAUUCCACACCUUUCCUCCUUAGAAAAGCAGACUGUGUAAAGACACCCUCUUUAUAGAACUUUCAGAAGUUGUAAUGAUGGGUUAAGGAUAGUGAAGAACAUUAGAUAUUACUUUCCCUUUAAGAGAAACAUUGGAAUCCUUUAGUAAUAAUGAAACAAUUAGUAUUUGGUCACCACGCAAUUAGCAAAAAUACAGUGCAUGUUGUCUGUACCUAAAAUGAGUUGACUAUCCUGGAGGCAUUAAAAUAUUUUGUUGUGGGGGAAAGCAUGAAUGAGACCGUCAUAUUUUUAAAUAAGUUGAAUUAAACAAAAAUGUAUUUAUUUAAAAAAUAAAGGACUGUAUAACACUAUGGGCCCAAUUUAGGCAAUGGUAAAUACAGUAAUCUGUUAGGGGACCAGAUAUGUAAAAAGUCAGAUAAAUGAAUCCUGUUUUAAAUACCAUUAUACACAGCUGUAACAAUUACUAUAUUCAUAGAAUUAUUGUUUUGAGAUUGAGCUAUUAUUAGGGAGCUUCCCUAAAUCCCUUGUUAGAAAGAUACAGCGUAUUAAUGCUUGUGACAGAGUAGCCGUCUGCCAUGUGGGUGCAUGCAUUCGCUGCUGAGUGACAGGCAGGAGAUCGAGAUGGAGGUUGAAGUUGAUACGCCCCGCAGGUGAACAGGAUUUAUUUACAUGUCAGCUCACUGAACAGCUCACGUGACACUACCAGAAUUGGUAGCGCACAAGGUACAAUCUCUGGACUAAUCUUCACUGUUCGAUAAUAAAGUAACGUUGCUGAAGAGAUUAAUCAUGGAGGAUAAACAGUUAGGGCGGAUAUGUGACGGGUGAAUACGCGACAGAUUACUGUAUGUCUUUUUUUCUGAAAAGGAAUAAAACCUUUUUAAUGGUAUAGACCUUUUCGCAGUUGCCCAUCAUACCUUACACAUGGUAAGGUUCUGCUUUGAUGGGACUAUGGAGUAAUUACAGAAGUCAUCCCAUAAAAAUUCAAGUGGAAACUAUUGUUUUGUUCCCCAUUGUAACGACUAAUUGAACUAUGGAGGGAAGAGACAAGUGUGUGUUCUCUUCCCAGGGUUUGUUGUUGAAUAAUGCCCAAUUUAUGGAAUAACAAUGUUUAUUUAGCACCCCUCUCCCCCCACACAGUUUUUUCAGAGCAAUAAUAUUGCAGCUAAGAGAAGGUAACUUAUUGCUCUGGGAAAUGUUGUUUGUUUGUUUGUUCUUUUUCCUUAACAUUGGAAACACGAUAAUCUUUGAUCAGUAAUUCUCCCUGUAUGUGUUCCUAUGUAAAAACAUUCAAGAUCAUAAUGGAGAAGAUUAGACAUCUAAUCUUGGCCUGAUGAUUAAAAGUGUGCCCAGAAUACAAAGUAACCCUUUUAAUCCAUUCUGGAGAUGUUCUUACAUCUUUUUUGCUAUCAUUUAUUUGUCUUAGGUAUUUCCUUGAGAAAAAAUGAAUGUAAAAUAAAUAUGAAGGAUUCUGUUUUUUAUAAUUAUUUGUUCUUGUAUUAUACAUGAUCAUAUAUUAUGCUGCAGUCUUACAAUACAUUUUGAAUUUGUUAUUGUUUUACUUAUCAAUAAAUAUAUCUGAUUAUUUAUA